AAUCACUUCCCCUACAGCUCAAAUAAAUUGGCCAACUACGAACAACAUGCAACCAGCGGCGCGGUUGUCUGUAUGCUUGCUCGUUGUGCCACCUCCUUCUCUCCCGCCUUGACAACCUCACGCAAAGUAACCAUAGAGGCUAGUUACCUCGUCUUCAUCAUCUUCACACACGUGACUCUGUUUUGAGUCCUUUUCCCCGUUGAAAGUGCACAGUCUGCAUCUCUACGCGGAAACCUCCCAUCACAAGUAACACCCCAACCCUCACCAGUAGUGAAGCAAACAAAAUGGCCACUAUUUUGGAUGCAUAUUGGGCAGCGCCGCCUAUUGCUAGGACCGUUGCCACCCUGGUCUUCGCUUGCUCAGUCGGCGUCUACACUGGAAUGCUCUCUGGUGACCCCUUCUGGUUCGACUACCGCUUUCUCUUCAAGUUCCCUCCUGGUGUCCACCGACUCGUGACGAGUUUCCUGGUCACCCAGCCGCAACUCGGAGUCCUCUUCGAUACAUACUUCUGUUUCUCGUACCUGAGCCAGCUUGAAAAGAGCAACGCCAAGUUCUCGAGAAAGGAGGACCUGGUGUGGUACUUGAUGGUUGUCGGCACCGUUGUCAUUAUUUUGAACCAGCUCGUCACCGGCGCCGGCAUGUAUCUUCAGGCCCUGUUGAUUGCCAUGUGUUACACAUGCACACAAGAUCAGAGGGGACAGAUGGCCCACUUCUAUGUUGUCACUAUCCCUGCGCAGCUAAUGCCAUAUUGUCUUCUCAUUGUCCAGCUCCUGUUUCCUAACGGAUGGUAUCUCAUCAAGGUCGGGUUGACCGGUCUAGCCGCUGCACACUUCCAUGACUUCUUUACUCGAUUGUACCCCGAGUUUGGCAAUGGCCCUAACCUAUUGCCUACGCCAUGGUGGAUUUCGUGGUUGAUGACCAGCCCUCGUAUACAAAACACUGCUUACGGGUCUUCCUAUGUGCCACCCAAGGAUGGGCAGCCACGAAGUGGACCUCUGCCAGACUCUUGGAGAAGCGCUGGUCCAGGACGCCGCUUAGGUUAGUUUAAGCAGGCGUUUAAGAUACUAUAUUGCAAUAAGAACGAUAUCUUUUCUCAUAGGCAAUUGAAAGCACGAUGAUAUGUGCUUGAUUUUCUUUAAUUUAGAAGGCUCUGUAAUGAUUUUGACCACAACUGAC